AUGUCUGCAACAUAUGCUCAAUUAAAGGAUAACACGUCUAUUGUUGUUUUCGGGGCUUCCGGAGACUUAGCCAAGAAGAAGACUUUCCCAGCUCUCUUUGGUCUCCGUAAGAUGGGUUUACUCCCAAAGGAUACACGCAUCAUUGGAUACGCCCGCUCAAAGAUGACAAAUGAGGAGUUCCAUGACAAAGUUACUGGAUUUAUUAAGAUUGAUGAUAAUGAUUCAAACUCCAAGAAGCUCCUUGAUGAGUUUAAGAGUGGUUUGUCAUACGUCGCUGGUGGAUACGAUGGCGAAGAAGCGUUUAAGAAUCUCAACGAUAACCUCACCAAUGCUGAGAAGAGUAAUGCUUCAUCUGGUAAGGUGUCAAAUAGACUAUUCUACCUCGCUCUCCCUCCUAGUGUCUUUGGCUCCGUCUCUGAAGGCUUACGUAAAUUCUGUUACUCAGGCUCAGGCACCAACAGACUCAUCGUCGAAAAGCCUUUUGGAAAAGACACCGAAUCUUCACAGCAACUUAUGAAUGCAAUCAAAGCAAACUGGUCAGAGGAAGAAAUAUUCCGCAUCGAUCACUAUCUUGGUAAAGAGAUGGUGAAAAAUUUGCUUGUUUUGCGCUUCGCUAAUGUUUUCCUUGACAAUCAAUUCCACAAAAACUCUGUUGAUAAUGUACAAAUCACUUUCAAGGAGCCUUUCGGCACUGAAGGACGUGGUGGAUACUUUGAUGAAUUCAACAUCAUCCGCGACAUACUCCAAAAUCACUUAAUGCAAGUACUUUCUUUGGUGACGAUGGAGAGACCUGUUUCAUUCUCUUCAGAGGAUAUUCGUGAUGAGAAGGUAAAGGUUUUGCGCACAAUACCACCACUCAAACCAGAAGAAGUCGUCCUUGGUCAGUACGUUGGUGCGAAUGGAAAGCCUGGAUACAAGGAGGAUGAUACUGUCCCACAAGAUUCAAAUUGCCCAACAUACGCUGCAUGUGCUUUACACAUCAACAACCCACGCUGGGAAGGCGUUCCAUUCAUACUCAAAGCAGGUAAAGCUUUGAAUGAAGGUAAGGUUGAGGUUAGAAUUCAAUUCAAGGACGUCACAUCGGGUAUAUUCUCAGACAUUCCAAGAGAUGAGCUCGUUAUUAGAAUUCAACCAUCUGAAGCUAUCUACUUGAAGGCCAACACUAAAGUACCUGGACUUCAUAUGUCGGCGCUACCAACAGAGUUGGAUUUGACAUACAAGGAUAGAUUCGAUAAAGCUGUCAUACCUGAAGCUUAUGAGUCACUCCUCCUUGAUGCGCUUAACGGGGAUCACUCCAACUUUGUGCGUGAUGAUGAGCUUGAUAUUGCGUGGAAAAUAUUUACACCAAUCCUUCACUGGAUCGAGGGAGCGAAUGGGGAGAAGCCAACGCCAGACUCAUAUGAGUAUGGAUCAAGAGGACCAAAGGGGGUUGAAGAGUUCCAAGCCAAGUUUGGAUACAAGCGCACACCAGAUAACUACAAGUGGCCAGUAACUGAUCUUAGCCAGGCCAAGAUGUAA